AUGUGGAGUUUUGUUCCGCCACUACCAAGGAAACUCCUGCCCAAAUACCUUAUGUGUAGUGCAUUCGCCUUUUGCAUAACAGUAUUGUGUUGUGGCGAGUAUUGGUACCUCAGCUUGAUCGCCUGUUUUCACAACGAGACGACCUGUGAGUGGGAGACCUCUGCUCUACCUCGACCGGGCAGCGAGUCAGCUGAGAACCAGCUGGCCUGUAGUGACAACAGUACAGAUCUGGAAAACGCCACUACCACCACCCCAUCCGCCCCCGUGUCAUCUCAGGGCAAACACCUGUGUCUUCCCACGACCAUAAACUAUGACAUUUGGUUGGUGAAUGGAGUUCCCAGCCUGCAGGACUACUACCGCUUUGAGCACCAGUUCUCCUUCGAGGAUCAUGACAUCUUCGAGAUGUAUCUCGUCUUCUGCCUGCUCUACUUCUUCCUCUCCAUCAUAUUCCACGUCAGUCUGAGCCUUUUAGCUAUAAUAUUUUUCCUAGUACAGGGUCUCGCAGAAGUAACUGACCCUUUUGAUUUGCUAAUGAAACGAAAACUAUUAACGCUAGGAUAUUGA